UAUUAAUCCACCCUGUUAUCCAUUUCUUCCAUCUCCCAAAAUCCUGAUAGCCUCCAAAACAAACCCUUCGCCACUAUAGAAAGAACGGUGAAAAUAUAAUGGGGGAAGGUAAGGUGAUGGAGAUUCCGACCAAGGGCGGCGGUUUCUUCGGGCAAACCGAGCAGAACCCGAUUGCGGCUGUACAGGUGAAGCUGAAGGAGGUCGAGACUAGGUUUCGUGUGUGGCUGGCCAAGCAAUCGUUGCCGGUGGAGGCGGCCGUCGUAACCGCCACCAGCGGGGUCCAAGGAGCCGCAAUAGGCGCUUUAAUGGGAACGCUCACGGCUGACGCUUCCUCUUUUCUUACACCGCCGCCGAACGCCGCAAACCUCAACCCUGAUGCUAUGGCGUCACUUAAACAAGCUCAGGCUCUUUCUGGAGGUCCGUUGGUGCAAGCACGUAAUUUUGCGGUCAUGACUGGUGUCAAUGCCGGCAUUUCUUGUGUCAUGAAAAGAUUGAGAGGCAAGGAGGAUGUUCAAUCUAGUAUGGUUGCUGCUUUUGGUUCUGGAGCGAUGUUUUCAUUAGUAAGUGGCGUGGGUGGACCUAAUCAGGCAGCAAAUGCUGUUACCUCUGGUCUCUUCUUUGCUCUCGUUCAAGGUGGAAUUUUCCAGUUUGGACAGAAGUUUUCACAACCACCAGCUGAGGAUGUGUACUAUGUGAAGACAAGAUCUAUGCUAAGCAACCUCGGCCUACAAAACUAUGAGAAGAAUUUCAAGCGAGGCUUGUUGACGGACAACACUUUGCCUUUGCUAACUGAUAGUGCUCUCAGAGAUGUGAAAAUACCUCCUGGACCAAGGCUGCUUAUUCUUGAUCAUAUAGAAAGGAGCCCAGAGCUAAAAGACAGGCGGAAAGUUUCCCCUUGAAUUAAGACUGAAAAGUUGGAUCUAAGCUAUGAAUCUGUUGCUAGGAUACUCUUCUCCACAUGAAGAGAUGACAAGAGUUUUGUUUUGCUACUUUGUUGUUUGUCAUAUUUAAGGAUUUUGUUUUGCUACUUUGUAUUUGCGUUCGGAAUUUGUUGUGGUUUUAUGAAAUCGUAUGGUAAUUGGGUAAUGUAACCCACCUUAGUUUAUUUUUGCUCAUAGCUUUGCUAUAUGCACCCUGUUUAAUUCAUACUUGCCCCUGCUCAGACACACUAGAUUUGGUGGCCAAUUCAAGCACAAUUAUUAUUAGAUUGUCCUUCUCCACAGUAAAGGACUAAAAAGUUAGAUUUAGAUUAGGGAAUUUUGCAGUUUGUGGACAUGUGAAAGUAUCAUAUGAUAAGAAGACAAUGGAGCCUGCUCAGUAUCUUCUAAAACAAGAUUGUGAAUAAGGCUUAAAAGUAGCAUUCUACUGGGAAGAUGCUAGAGAGCCAUGAGGAUGUAGAAAAUGUGGAUUUUGUGAAUUUACUUUGAUAAAUGAAAUUUCAUUGAGUCAUUUGUUUGAGUGAUGGGUGUAAUAAGGAAUUGAUGAAAAAUUUUAGACCAACAUAAUCAUAUAGCUCCGUCUUAAGGGG